AUGAGAGGAUCUCAUAGCGGUCAUAAAAAAUCAUCUGAUAUGCCAGAAAACUUGGAUUUAGAUAGCUCAAGCUCUCUUAAGCAAGACACUUCUUCAUACUUUGUCACGAAUAGCACCGAAGAAAAUAAUACAAAAAUUCAACUAAUAUGAGACGACAUUCAUUAUGAAACUACAAUCGAUCGCAAACCGGUAGAAAUCUUAAAAGGAGUAUCUGGGUAUGCUAACCCAGGUGAAUUCCUUGCUAUUAUGGGCUCAUCAGGGGCUGGAAAAACCACUCUGUUAAACAUUAUUGCUGGGAGAAUAAAGUCUUCGAACAACUCUCAAGUCAAAGGAACUGUAAAAGCUAAUGGAACCAACAUAAACUCUAUCAAUUUUAAUAAAGUGAUGGCUUAUAUUACCCAAGAAGACAUUUUAUUGCCAACACUAUCUAUUAGAGAAGCCUUUACGUUUUCAGCAAAACUUAGGUGCCAAGGCUCUGACACUCAAAUUGAUGAAAAAGCGGAAUACAUAAACAAAUGACGGCAAAAACUGUCUACUCCAGGAUUCUGUAGGCAUUUUUAAUGUAUAUUGAUAAAAUUAGCAUUAUUUAUAUUUCUUCUAGGUGUGUUGAAUCAACCCACCCUCUUGAAUCCUGCACUUGGCAUCCUACAGAGUGCGUAAGGACCAUGAGGAAAGGAGGAUAAUAGUACUCGGGAAUGUGCAUCCGGGGGUGUUUCUUGGGCACUUUUGUAAAGUGGUGUAAACUGGUAAGCAGGUGAAGGAAGCUCUACGAGUAGAGAUAGUCCAUAUAGAAACAGCGAGUCCCUCUAAAGUAUUAAUAGCAGCUAAGUUUAUAGAUGAAAAAGUGGAAAAAAUGAUAAAAGACUUAAAACUUGAAAAAGUUUGUGACAAUAUAAUUGGAAACACUUUAAAAAAAGGAAUUUCUGGAGGAGAACGCAAAAGAGCUUCUAUUGGAAUUGAGCUGAUUUCUGAGCCUUCUGUAGUAAUUUUAGAUGAGCCGACUUCAGGGUUGGACAGUUUUACUGCCGAAAUUUUGAUUGAUUUAUUGAUCGCUCAAGCGAAAUUAGGGAGAACUAUAAUUUCGACUAUUCAUCAGCCAAGUACAAAUAUUUUUAAUAAAUUUAAUAGGCUCAUUUUGCUUAAUUACUAGUAUUAAACUUUUUUUUAAUGAGAAGAUUUUUACAAUUAUUUUUAAAUAAAUAAUUGAAAUAUCUAUUUUUCAAUACUUUUAGAAAAUAUUAUAAAUCUGCAACAUUAAAAUAAAAAUCCAUAUAAAUUCAAUAGGGAAAGAGUUAGUGAAGGGCUUACCAUUUAUCAAGGAAAAACCAAAAAUUCACGAAAAUAUUUUUCGAAAUUAGGCUAUGAAUGCCCAGACAAUAUAAACCCAGCUGAUUUUUAUAUGAGGCUGCUUCACAUUGUAAAUCGGUAUAAUAUGACUCCAGAAGAGUCAGAAAAAAUUUCUCAUUUACUAACUGAGUAUAAAAAAUCAGAAAAAAAAACUGAAAACUCCAACUGUUUAUCCUCUCAAAUAGAAUACACUAAAACUGGGAACCUCAGUGUUUUGUCAAAAAUGAGUAUCCUAUAUAAACGUUCUUUUCUAAAUGCAACAAGAAAUACAAUUCUCACAAAGGUCAGACUGAUAGGGAUUAUAUUCAAUGGAACUUUGAUUGAUCUUUUGUUCCAUGACUUACUCCCCCCUUUGAGCGAACAAAACCAUUAGAAAAAUCCUAUUUUUUGAACAAAAAUUUUUUAUGAAAAAAAUCGAUAUAUAAAUGAUAUUAGUAUAAUGGAAAUCUCUAGCUAAUUCUGUUUAAUUUUAAACAAAUUGCGUUUUAAAACAUAUUUUUUAAAAAUUAAAUUAAUAUUUGCUUUCCAAUUUUUGCGAAUUGGGAUUUUUUAAAUUUUUUAAAAAGAAAAAUUAUAUAAAAUUUAUAUAUGAAUUUUUAAAAAAAAAAAAUUAGCACCCCUCCAUAAGCGAACAAAACUUUUUUGUUCGCUCACGGAGGGAGGAGUUAGGGAAUGAUUAUACCUCAAUUCAGAAUAUUAAUGGCGUUUUUUCUGUUGUCCUGAUGAAUCUUCUGUUUAGCUCAGCAAUGUCUUAUUCAUUGAGUUUUCCAGCUGAAAGGCCAAUUUUUAUAAAAGAGUACAGCCAAGGGCUCUAUGGAAGCUUAAUUUAUUUUUUAGCAAAAAAUAUAUCAGAGCUGCCUAUGCAGAUAUUUGCCCCUAUGGUUUAUUCUUUAUUAAUUUAUUUUGUGUUAGGACUGAAUCUAGCUGCUGCCAAAUUUUUUAUAUUUUAUUCUUUGAUUUGUUUUAUAAUACUUUCUGGGUCAGGAGUUGGAUACCUUAUAGGAGCUUGUGUUGAAGGAGAAUUAUUAGCGGCUGCAUUUGCACCGCUGCUGCCUUGCAUUUUUUUAAUAUUUGGAGGUGUUUUUGGGAAUUUAGAUAAAAUAAAUGCAGCUUUCCGAUGAAUGCAAUACUUGUCACCUUUUGGCUGGGCCUAUAAGUCUAUAACUAUAAACCAGUAUACAGAUUUUGACAUGGAUUGUGGAGAUAUUGAAUGCGACCCUCUUGGGAUGCUUGGAUUUCACGACCCACUUUGGCAAGAUAUUGUAUGUCUUAUAGCGUUUGUUAUAGGAAUUCGAGUGAUUGCCUAUUUUUUGCUGGUAAUAUGUGCUAGAAAGUAUUUAAAAUAA